AUGGCCGCAGCGACGGUCCAGUCCUCUACAAACCUCUUCCGCAGGCUGGCAUGGAACGCCACAGUCCCUCUCGAGAUUAGACUCGCAGACGCAGAAGGCAGUCUCGUGGACAGAUACUAUGUGCAGGCACCCCGGUACACCUACCUCCCACUCUUGCUCCCGGCCAUCCGCGAGAACCUCGUCGAGCUGGCCUUGGACGACGACCAGUUGGCCAAGCUCGACGAGUCACAGUGGUGGUUUGAGGAGGAUAACGGGUAUGCAACGGCCGGUCCCGAACGGACCGAUGGACACUUUGCGCCGCAGGGCGCUUGUAAAUGGAACUGGCCCAUCGACCUCAUCGAGCUGCAUGCCGCCAUCUCCCUCCCGGCCGCCCCGACCGACAUCGACACGUCGCCCAAGGGCACGCCGACCGCAACACCGUCGGCGGCAAAACCCCUCCGCCUCGUCCUGCACCUCACCGGCGCGCCGUCCGACAAGCUCAUCGUGCCCAAGGGCAUCGAGGCGUGCAAGACGCAGUUUGUCAACCAAGUGAAAGAAGCCGAUUUUGUGCGGUGGGGCAACACGAAGCGCGUGACCAGCUUGCGCAGGGGCGACCUCGAGGCCGGGUGGGAUGGCGUCGUCGGCGGCGACUUUGACCUGCACCAGCGCAUGGCGAGUCGCAUCGUGCCCCUCCCCAUCCCCCUGCCGCCAGGCGGCAGCACCAUCUCCUCUGGCGGCGGCGGCGGCGGAGGCGGCUCGGGCCUGCCGUCACGCCCGCCGUCGGUCGAGCCCGGCCAGAACUCGAGCGCAGCCAACAGCGGCGCCAAGCUCGAGUCGGCGUAUGCGGCCCGCUCGCUCCCGCUCAAGAUCUACCUGCCCGACAACGCACCGGCGAUGCAGCACGUCGUGGCGCCCAUCAGCGCCGAGACGGGCAAGCCGACGACGCUGCUUCAGAUGCUCCGCACGCAUCUGCCCCAGCUGUUCCCGGCCGUCGCCAAGCCGUACGUCCUCGCCCAGCCGCUCGCGCAGGGCAUCGUGCUCCCGCCCGACGCCGAGGUGGCGUGGCUCGCGGCGUGUAUGUCCGGCGCGGACGGGUGGCUGCGCGUCGGCAUCCGGCUCGUCGCCGAGUAA